UCAACAAUGUUGUGCGCUGUUAUGAUCCUUGAGGAAGAAACAACCGUCUAAGUCUUCCCUGUAUUUGAUCUGCCAUGUUCUUUGAUAUCAUACCAAUUCGCAUUUCUUAACUCGCCAUUGACAUUAUGCGCUUAGCAUCAGUGGUUCCUUUGAUCCCUGCAGAACUGGUAGCAGCACUCGACCAUUCGUGUGGUAUCCGAACGGACACCGAUCUUCUCUUCUUUGGUUCUAGCUUGGACAUCAUCAAAAGAUUACCACUCGGGACCGUAACGCUUUCAGACCUUCAAAAGUUCACCGAAUUAGUAGCAGAACAAGCAUCGGUCCCUGGAUAUCGGGGAGACGAGAUUCUUGCUGGCACAGCACGGACAUAUGAGAAACAUCCUCAAGUCAGCUGUGGUGUCAAGAAACUAGAUGAACUUGUUGGUGGUUUUGGUGGCUCUCGAGUUUUUGAAAUAUCUGGAGCUAAAGGGUCAGGUAAAACGGCACUUGCGCUGCAAGUAGUGAUCCAGCACCUUCUUUCUGAUGCAGAUUCUUGUGCUUUAUGGAUAGAUACAUCCGGUGACUUCUCUGCAGAGAAAACUGCUCAGCUAGUGCGACAGUUUAAUGUAGCAGUAUCUGAUAAGGUGCUAGAGAGAUUGCAGGUAUCCUUGAGUUUCAACAUCGAGGCAGUGCACGAUGUCCUCGAAGCGCUGCGCAUUUCGCUUUCUAGCUCUAGGACUGUUGGACCAACAGUCCAGUGGAUAGUCCUCGAUUCUAUAACCCCACUUUUACUACCGUCCCUAAGUGCGGUAUCUUCUCAAGGACAUGCCAUGAUGACAACGUUUAUGCGCCAAUUACGCGAGCUUUCUCGGACUUUCGGGAUCACUAUCAUGGUGAUCAACGGAACAUCAGCAGCUGCACCAUUCAAUCAGAGUUCUGCAUUUGCAUCAACAAUUAGAAAACCUGCUUUGGGCCCUUCGUUUACAUUUAUGACAGAUUGCACCCUCUGGUUAUCGAAGAUGAAAGAUAUACCUGAUCCCGAGGGCCCGUUUUCGGUGCACGUAGCGGAAGUAUUCCGUUCGAGGGCAACAAGAUCAAAGACUUGGUGCACCUUCCAAAUUCGCUAUGGCGUCUUAUCCUCGACAUCAGAUUUGUAGCUAUCGCCUCUCGCAGGUAAUUUCUUGGCAUAAUACGCAUGUCCGGUUUGACCCAGUGGCUCGCCGACAAACAGAAUUCAUUUGAAUUAUAGAAGCAGAUU